AUGACAGACCAUUCUAAUCAACCGCCCACAAGCCAACAAUAUGCCCUGGAUGACAUUGUAAAUCUCAUCAGAAGUGAGAAGAUAGCCCGCAUCAUCGUUCUGGCGGGGGCAGGUAUCUCUACAGCAGCUGGUGUGCCCGAUUUUAGAUCACCAGGAACAGGCCUCUAUGAUAAACUGGCGCCAUUAAAGCUUCCCUACCCAGAGGCUAUCUUCCAUAUCAACUAUUUCCGACACACGCCAGAGCCAUUCUACGCGCUAGCCAGAGCCCGCAAUCCCAAGAACCUCAAACCAACGGUUUCUCAUGCGUUUCUGGCUUUGCUGGCAAAGAAGAACCUGCUUGAUUUCGUAUUCACGCAGAAUAUCGAUGGUCUCGAGAUAGAUGCCGGUGUCCCCGCAGAGAAAGUGCUUUCCUGUCAUGGAAACUGGAAAAGCCAGCGAUGCCAUAAAUGCAAAACGCCAUACCCGGAUGGGCUUAUGGCUGAGGCAAUUGAAACAGGCCAGGUGCCGUACUGCCAGGUCCCGGACUGUGGCGGCGCGGUCAAACCUGAUGUGGUUUUCUUUGGGGAACCUCUUCCUGCCGCCUUCGAAGUCGAGGAGAAGAGGGUAUCUGCCGCAGACUUGAUUAUUGUUAUGGGGACAAGUCUCAAAGUGGCGCCAUGUUCAAGACUACCACGUCUGGUGAAAGAGGGGACGCCCAGAAUGCUCGUGAAUAUGAAACAGGUCGGGGAUUUCGGCACUCGACAAUCGGACGUGUGCAUCCUUGGGUCGUGUGAUGAUGGUGUGCGGCGGCUAGCUGAUUCGCUGGGAUGGAGAGAAGAGCUGGAAAGCCUUUGGACACAUACUGUCGCUGUUAAGCAGGCAGAAGUGAAUACUGACAAUGUGAAGACUUUGGAUGAGUGUAUUGAAGAGUUGGCGCAAAGAAUGAAAGCCGCAGGGAAGAUCUCGGAUGGACAUAAGAGAAUGCUAGAGAAGCACUUGGAGGAAAAGUUUGCGAAUCUCCUUCCUGGGUCCUCCAUCAUCUGACCUCUGUAUGUUAGCUAUCUUCGGCUUUCUGGAUCGGUUAUUGCUGCAUUGUGAUGACGCUUGUUGGACAUUGAGAAGAACGAAAUAGGAAGGACG